AUGGAUGUAAACUCAUCUACUAAUAGGGAAGAGGCUCUUAGAUGUCGUGAUGUGGUUAUCAAAACAUUAAGAUCUGCUCAGUAUUGGCAAGGUACUAUAAGAACUCAACAAAUUAGAAAUUCUGUACACCAAUUUGAGCGAUAUUUACGAUUAUCAAAUGAAACAAGAUCUGCUCAAGAUGUAGCCUUUGAAUUAAGAAGUGAAAUCGCAGAUACAUUUGUAUUUGAAGAAUUCUUAAGACUCUUAAGAGAUGAAAGACAGCAAUCUCAUCAAGAUUCAUCAAAUUUAAAUCCUAAUAUACAAAAUAAUAACCCCCAAUUAUGGUUAAAAUUAAAGGCUACAUAUAACUUUAUCAAAUUCAAAAUAUGUACACUAGAAGGUAUAGUAUUUAAUAUGUUACCUUUAAAGAUACAAAAUUUGAUCCUGGAUUCAUAUAGGAAACCUCUAUUUGCUUUAUAUUCAAUUAAUAUACUGUUACUUCUAAUACGUAUAUAUUUCUUUAAAUGGAGACCUAUAUUUGGUGAUACAACAAAAGACGAUGAUUCAAAUAAUCAAUUUGGUGAUUAUUCGUAUUCAUCGUAUAUUCAUAUUUAUGAAAAUAAUUAUUCACCAACUUUAAUAGAUUAUGUUUACGAAAUUUUAUCAUUUUUUAUAAAUUUAUUUACAUCUAUUAUACCUUUAGUUCUACCAUUAAUAACAUUAAAUUGGAUAAAUAGUCAAAGUGUACAUAGGCAUCAACGAAUAUAA